GCUUUAAUUGAAGAUUCUCUCCCAAGCCUGCAUUGCACCCUUGUAACACUUCAUGUUCUUCGUCUUCCCACAUCGCCAUCUUCGACACAGCGCUAUAACAAUUAUAGUGCACAACAUGGAUAUUCCCCGCACUGCCAACCAAUCUGAAAAGAAGACGGGAAAUGUAUACAUUUACGUUGAUGUUCCAAACUUUUGGGCCCAGGGCCAGCAAACAUACACCCAAAAGUAUCAGCAGGGUACGAACCAGAUCCCCCGAUGGCGCUUUAACCAUGACAUCCUAAAAGAUAUCCUGCUGGAAAAAUCUAGUUUGGAUACCAACGAAGCAACCUUCGAGCCCGAACUUAACUUGUACGGGACGAAGCCUCGAAGUGUUGAUUCAGCGAGCGUAACGAGCGAAAUUAUUGUGGAUUUAGUCGAUAAAGUUGCCGAUGCGUACUAUAACAGCAUCCCUGCAGUUUUUAUUGUCGUUACGGGCAACCGGAAAGUCCGGUCUGCCGUGGCUAAAAUUGCGGCGAGAGGGUUUCCGGUGCACAUUUGGUUUUGGAAAAACGGGAUGGCUAAAGAGCUUAUCAGGGAAGAUACAGAUAUUGACCAGGACUUGGUUAAAACGCAUUACUUGGACCCUUAUCUCGAGGUUAUAAGUGCGAACGAUUAAGCCGAAGUUGUUGUAUCUACCCUAUAGAAAUAUAGGCACAAACCCUUUUUGACCUACUUGUAUCUAUCGUGAUCACUUCG